CACCAUGUCUAUCUCUCUCUCUCUCUCUCAAAUAAGAUCGAAGAAAACCCUAAAUAACCCACACACGCUCUCUUCUUUUGUCUCCAUUCAUCUCUGUGUCCUCUUUCUCUUGAACGGUUCACUGAAAAGACUCUUUCUCUUUGAUAUCCUUGUCGACAUGCGUGGGUCGCAAAUGGAGAGGGGGAAGAGUAAUCUUCUUCCGGCUGAGAGUGAGCUCGAGCUGGGACUAGGGCUCAGCAUCGGCGGUGGCGCGUGGAAAGACCGUGGGAGAAUUCUAACGGCUAAGGAUUUUCCUUCUGUUGGGUCUAAACGAUGUGCUGACUCUUCCUCUCACCAAGGAGCUUCUCCUCCUCGUUCAAGCAGUCAGAUAGUGGGAUGGCCACCAAUUGGGUCUCACAGGAUGAACAACCACCAAGCUAUGAAGGCGGGGACCAAAGCUGAAGAAGAAGAAGAAAAGAAUGAUGAGCCUAAAGAUGUCGUCACAAUGAAGGCGAAAGUUGAGGGUUUAGGAGGGUAUGUAAAAGUGAAUAUGGAUGGAGUUGGUAUAGGCAGAAAAGUGGAUAUGAGAGCUCAUUCUUCUUACGAAAACUUGGCUCACACGCUUGAGGAGAUGUUCUUCGGAAUCACAGGUUCUACUACUUGUAGGGAAAAGGUGAAGAAACCUUUGAGACUUUUAGAUGGAUCAGCAGAGUUUGUACUCACUUAUGAAGAUAAGGAAGGAGAUUGGAUGCUUGUUGGAGAUGUUCCAUGGAUAAUGUUUAUCACUUCAGUGAAAAGGCUUCGGAUCAUGGGAACCUCCGAAGCUAAUGGACUUGCUCCAAGACAUGAAGAACAGAAGGACAGACAGAGAAACAACCAUGUUUAGCUUGGCACUGUUACUCUAUACCUUUUGAAGCAAGUAUCCUAUAAAAGCUGAAGCUUAAGAUUUGAUAGUAAUCUUGGUUUUUGUUAGAGGUUUGGAAUAUGGUUUUUUAUUGGAAAAAAGUUUCCAAACUACACGACGUUUACAUUAAUAUGGUGGAAACCAUCCGAUGUAUUAAAAUGUGUUAAUAACUACACGAAAUUUAUAUUAAUACAUGCCACAUAUACGAAGUUUA